GUUGUUCCACCGCCAUCCAGAGGCCGUCUGCUGUCCUACCCUGGUUGUGAAUCUCUCGUGCUUUCAUCAGUGCACCAAGAUACCGUUAACCUGUGCUGCAGGGACUUUGUUUGGCCAGGCCUGAAGGAAGGCACGGAUGUGCAGCGUACCCAUCACAGCCCAUUGCACACAUGGAAAAUCACAUUACUGUAGCAUUGCUGACGUACUGCCGUGCCUGCGGUGGGAGUUUAUAACAGCAUGUAGAGCUUGUCAUUAUUCUGCUGCUGACUGAGCUCAGCCCAGAUCAGUAGGGGCUUUAGGUCCUUUUUCUGUGACAAUGUGGAGCAAAUCUCAGGAGUCUCCUGCCCUGUCUUUCUUCACAGUGACCCCUGUCCUCAGGAAGUUGAGGUGAAAUGACAUUUUGCAGGCAAAAGUCUCUAACAACCCCUGUCCUCUAACAGCCUUUACAAACACGGUGCAAGUUUGUGUAGCUCAAGGGUGUUCAGUUUGCUGCUCUUUGGGAUGUGUUUGCACAGCCUGCGUAACCCAGAUGAGAAGCCUGGAUCUCCUCGGGCUGAUAGAAAUGACACAGUUGCUUUGUGACCGCAGUUGAACUUGGAACCUGAAUUACUGUAGUCAAACAAGGUGACUGGCAGUAAAAGUAAAUGUUGGAAAUGGGUCUAAUCAUUUACAAGCAGCUGAUAAAGGCCGCUGCGGAGCAGCGAUGAAGCAACUGCUGUUUGCCACCUGUUGCUUUGGGACCACUUGCUGUGUUAACGGACGUUGCUGCCUGAACUCGGGCUCGUUAUGCAGCCAUCAGUGGUGUAAGAUAACCGUAAGGGCUCUGGGCUGUGAACUGGGGAAAGAGGAGAUGAAGAGAAUCAUCUCUGAAUUCGGCGAAGAAGGGUCAGGGAAGCUAACCUUUAAGUCGUUCCUGCAGGUGGUGACUCAGAAAAUGGCAGAGCCGUGUUUGGAAAAGGAGAUCCUGGAAGCUUUCAGGGUGUUUGAUUGUGAUGGCACUGGCAAGAUCUCCUUUGAGAAUCUCAAGGUGGUGGCUAGUGAGCUUGGGGAAGGCAUCACGGAUGAGGAGCUGCAGGAGAUGAUUGAUGAAGCAGAUGUGGAUGGAGAUGGGGAAGUGGACAAGCAGGAGUUCCUACGGAUGCUGACACUGACCGACCCAUAACUACAGGAUUUUGGGUUUUUUUCCUCCCUUUCCCAUGUAAACAACUAGUUACAAUGCCACUUUUCUCCGGCUUC